AUGAGGAAUGCCGUGAGUCGUAAUUUGUUCAAAGGAUUUAAAAUCAAGAAUGAUGGCACGGGUAUUUCUCAUCUUCAAUAUGCGGAUGAUACUUUAUGCAUAGGGGAAGCUUCGGUGGAUAAUCUUUGGACGCUUAAGGCGUUGUUGAGGGGUUUUGAGAUGGCUUCGGGUCUUAAAGUUAAUUUUUAUAAGAGUUGUUUGAUGGGAAUUAAUGUGCCUUCGGAGUUUAUGACCAUGGCUUGUGAUUUUUUGAAUUGUAGUGAAGGGGUGGUGCCGUUCAAGUAUUUGGGGUUGCCGGUGGGAGCGAACUCAUUUAAGCUUGUGACAUGGGAGCCUCUUUUGGAGCAAUUAUCCCGGAAACUUCAUUCGUGGGGUAAUAAGUAUGUGAGUCUUGGGGGUCGAAUAGUACUUCUUAAUGCGGUGAUUAAUUCGAUUCCCAUCUUUUAUUUAUCCUUUUUAAAGAUGCCAAACAAGGUUUGGAGGAAGAUUGUUAAAAUUCAAUGUGAUUUUUUGUGGGGCGGAGCGAGGGGGGGAAAGAAGCUUUGUUGGGUUAAGUGGAGGGUUGUUUGUCAACCAAGGAGCAAGGGUGGAUUAGGGGUGAGGGAUAUAAGAGUGGUAAAUUUGAGUUUGUUGGCAAAGUGGCGGUGGAGAGUGCUUCAAGGCGAGGAGGGGUUGUGGAAAGAGGUUCUUAUUGAGAAGUAUGGCACUCGAGUGUGUAAUUUGUUGGUGGAAGAUGAUGGUUCUUGGCCGAGCUACAUAUCUAGAUGGUGGAAGGAUGUUGCUUUUUUGGAGGAUGAGGGUGGGGAGAGGUGGUUUAAUGCGGAGGUUGUCAGGAAAGUGGGGUGUGGAAAUUCAACUAGCUUUUGGAAGGAUCCUUGGAGGGGGGAUAUUCCGUUUAGCCGGAAAUACCCAAGACUUUUUGCGAUCUCAAACAAUAAAGAGACUUUGGUGGAGGAGUGUAGGCAAAUGAAUGGAGUGGGAGGGGGAUGGAUUUUCGAGUGGCAUAGGCCUCUUUUUGUUUGGGAGGAAGAACUUCUCAUUAGUCUGAAGGAGGAUUUGGAGGGGCAUAGGUGGGUGAAUGAUCCGGAUAGGUGGGUUAAGUCUUGCUAUGGCAAGUUGGAGAGGUUAUUGGGGGGUGAGGUGGAGUGGAGUUUGGAGGAGUUGAGAGUUUUGGAGUCUAUUUGGAAUAGUAAAGCCCCUUUGAAAGUGAUAGCUUUCUCUUGGAAACUUGAUGAGUCAUUAUUAUAUCUAUUUUAUCCAUAA